UUUGCGUAUAACAACAAAAACUACAAAUGGUUAUGAUUAGGACAUAUGAUACAUUACUUUACGGAAAUUACGUAAUAUGUCAUAUUUAGUCAUAAAGUCACCACAAAACAAAUUUCACGGCUCUUAUUAGUAUCUCUCUAUAUAAGUAUAUAAUAAGUUUCUCAAUCUAACUCCAUAAACCAUCUUUCACUUUCUUCCUUAUAUAAAAUUCUCUCGCGAGAUUUCUAUGGAUCCCCAUUUGGUCAUCACUGCCACCUCCAGCGCAUUCCGGUGGCCGUCAAGUCACCGGAAGAUCUAUCUCCGUCGGCGUAAGCCACAAGUUGUGCGUCUCGGCGGGAAAAACAGUACGCCACGUGGCAGGUUCUCGCUUAAGAAGGUGGUAACGAGGAUGAGACUCAAGUGGCUGAGACUGUACUACGUGAGGCUCGUGAAGAAAAUCAAAGCGUAUUAUCGUACUAUAGUGAAGGAGUUCGAGGACGCCGGAGCCGCCACCAUCCAGCAGCGCAUGACGGUGGAAACGGCUGCUUUUGCCGCUCCUGGCUUAGGCUUAUCUUUCUGUCCCAUGUCCGGCUACGUCGACCAGCCUCGUUUUUUUCUUGUAUAGCUAAAUUAUUUAACUCGAGUAUCAAAUUAAUUACCUUCAUAAUUUUGGAGGUCUUUUAAA